CCAGUAUUUUAAAAGAGUGGCCACAGUUCUUGGGAACUUUAAAAACAUUUCGAAGACUCUUGCCAGACGACAUCAAUUUAGGCAGUGCUGGGAACAAUCAGAUACUUAUUGCCUAGGUAUCAAUACUAAAACUGCAGACACACGAAAUAUUCCUGUGGAGGCUCUGCCAAUUGAUGCACGCAAAGCCUUAAUGUCUCAAACAACCUCUGUGCCUGUGACUGUCAGUAAAACAAAAUACAUCUAUGUAAAUAAUGUUGCAUACCAUGUGGGAGACUACAUCGUUGUCAACACAGUGCAUGCAGAGGAGAUACCAGUGUUUACGGAGAUCCGGGGAAUAUACUGUGUCAAUCAGACUUGGCUUCUGUGUGGGAAAAUGUUCAUUCCUUCCUACUUCGACAAUCAUUUCAGCUCAUAUGUUGUUGAGGAGAAGCAUCAAUGGACUGUUGUAAAACCUGGUGAGGAGAUUGGACACCACUGCCUUGAUGGUUACAGGAAGUCAGAUGGGCAGAUAUCAAUCCCACUUAGACACUGGAUUACAAACACCAAAUAGAUGGAGAUACAUUAUUGGCACUAAAUGAGAGGAUGGUGGAGCAAUUGGUGCCAAUAAUAAAACAAAGAAUUAAAUUCAAUCGAAUGAUGGACAACCUGAAUAUCGCCAAGAGUAUGGACAAGAACCAUGACUUAGUGCUCACUCCAUCAGGUGGAAAUGGACCAUCAUCUAAUAUAGUUCAUGAGACAAAUUCAGGACAAACUUGGCCAACAAUUUUCAAAUUACCAGAUUUUCCAGCUCUGUUAAAACAAAAAAUGGAAAACAACAUGGCUGAAUUGCACCAGCCAACAUUCCGUUCUAAAUGGAGGUCGCAGAUUGUUCAGGUGUUGUUUGACUAUAUAUGCACCAUAACUUGGUAAGUCACACAUAUAUUAUUACUAAUAUGCACUGCAUUUACUUUAUAACCGCAAAUGUAUAAUUUUGCCUAAGGUAUCCUACACAGCAGCAGUAUAAAGAAGUCUGUACUGCACUUAUUGAGAUGUAUCCAAACUUGAGGGACCAAACAGGCAUUGGACAUGAAUCCUGGCAUGGAAUGCUGAGAAACAAAUUCAAGAAGGAACGGAAACCACUUGUAGAUCUGAAUUUAAUUAAUGUGCCAGGACAAUACAUCAGUAAAGGCAAAAAAAGAAGCCUAGCUGAAAAUGAAAAUGAUCCGGCUUCAAUUGCUGAUAUGACUACAGAGGAUGAAUUUAGUAUAAGACAGCACAUAAGCAAGAUGAAGACAGAAUGUGAGAAAAGAAACCUAACAUCUCCAUGUUGAAGGAUAAAAUGAAGAGAACCGAGAGAGAGAGAGAUGCCUUCAUAAAAGAGAGAACCACUCACGAAAUACUGAUUCAGUACCCUGCCUUGCGAUUAUCUGCAAUUAUUUUUUCAGAAAUGAAAACAACAUAUAAUAUUGACGUGGACAGAAGAAUUUUGACUGGAUUUGGGACCACUGCAGAGAAAAUACUGACUGAGGCACAAAGAAGAGGUGUGGCUAAGGACCUUCUGGCUAUGUACACCACGGCACUUCAAUCACAUGCUGAAGAAGCACACAAAGGACUAAUGGUCAUUGCAGGAAUCCUUCUCUUGCCGUACCUGUUACAUGAUGAUCCUGCUGGACUGUACAUGAUAAACAAGCCUCCACAGAACCUCACACCAACAAUGGUGAUUACAGGAGACCCAUUUGGUGAAAGCAGCAUUGCGGUUUUUCUUGAUGGCGAAGAACUGCUUGCUGAUGAACCUGAUGACAUAACAAUGGGUGUAGGCCUUACUAUGAGUGCCUACUUUCUGUUCAACAUUAAGUACAGGAAACCAACUAAAAGUACACUGACUUUUCUGCAGUAUCUGUUGGGUAUUCAGAAGGAGAGCAUCAAGCUACCUACAGUUGUGUUGAGGCUUAUCAAUUUCUUAAAAUGUCCUGUGUGAAUAUUCCCAGAGUGAAAAUGUUACCAUUGACUGCAUUGUAAAUUGAAUUGUAGUCAAUUUGAAUUUUAGGCUACUGUUUUUGAGGAACCUGAAAUAUAUUCGAAAGUUUUAAGAUAUUUGAGUCAUAUUUAUAUUUUACAGUUUUGUCAAGAUUUAAACUCUUAAUGUAUCACAAUAUUAACAUUAUACAUGUGCUUCCAUGAAUUAGAUGUUGAUACAUUUAUUUAUUGACUAUAAGGUGAUUAUUUAUUGAACUUUUUAUUUGUA